AUGUUGUUUUUUUUUAUUUUUUUGAUAAUUUAUUUAUUUGUAUUCUUAUUUUUUUAUAAGACGGAGAUGUAUUAUAUUUUGGUUUUGUUUGAGGUUCUAUUUAUAAUAGUGAUUUUUAUUUUGAUUAUAAUGAUAAAUAAUUCUUGGUUUAGGGUGGUAUUGCUGAUAAUUUCUACUUGUGAGGCAGUCUUGGGAAUUUCUUUGUUUCUUAAUAUAAAUACUUUGUCUUCGGGGAUUCUUAUGAAAUAG